AUGUCUGAACAUCGAUUGCCUCCUCUACGUUGGGGAAUCAUUGGCACAGGAUUGAUCUCGUCUUGGUUUGUGGAAGAUCUCCUCAUCAACCGACCAAACAAAGUGGCAAACCAUAUCAUACAAGCAAUAGGCGGCUCUUCUAUUAAAAAAGCUCAAGCCUUCUCCGAAAAAUAUCCUUCCAGCAACAAUGCUUCGGUAUAUGGCAGUUAUAAGGAUCUUUACGAAGACCCCAACGUUGACAUCGUCUACAUCGGUACACCCCACGCGCUUCACAAGACAAAUUGUCUUGAUGCGAUAAGAGCAGGGAAACAUGUUCUCUGUGAAAAAGCCUUUACUCUCAAUUUGACCGAAGCCGAGGAAGUCAUUGCCGAAGCCAAACGACAAGGCGUGUUCCUCAUGGAAGCAAUGUGGACUCGGUUCAUGCCUUUGGUGGAAAGAUUGCGACAACUCCUCCAUCAAGAAAGGGUUAUAGGAGAUAUUCAUCGUGCUUCCUGCGAUUUUUCGUUGCCGAUGGAUCUUCCCUCCUUGCCGUCGACAUCCCGACUCAAGAAUCCAGCCUUGGGUGCUGGGAGCUUGCUGGACAUUGGCAUCUACAGUUUGACGUGGGUGAUUCUCGCAAUGGAAACGGAUUUUGGCCACGAACGGCCCCAAGUUCUGGCUUCGCAGGUCAUUCGCGAUGAGAUUGACAUAGCCACUACUGCUAUUUUGACUUAUUCUCAUGGAAAGCAAGGAGUUGCAACGUCUUCUAUGUCGACGACGACCCCAUCAUCUUUUUGUCGCAUCGAAGGUGCUAAAGGCUUUGUAAUUGUGGAUGGACCUGCUGCGUCCGUGCCCCAGUCCUUCACAGUUUAUGUGCACAACCAAGAUCCCGUGAAGUAUGAUUUCGAGGCUCCUGGCCGAGGAUAUUACUGGGAGGCGGACGCAGUAGCAUUAGACAUUGCGGCCAACAAGAAAGAGAACUCUGUCAUGCCAUGGACCGAGACAAUUCGCAUCAUGAGCCUUAUGGAUGAGAUCAGGUGUCAAGGAGGGGCUGUCUUUCCUAUUGAGGAAAAUGUUUGA